AGAACAGAUGCGCACGCAGAUUAUGCAGCUGACUGUGGGGGAGAGAGAGAGAGAGAGAGAGUGGGAGGAGUUACCGAUUCCAAGUCUGCAACCUCUAUAAAAGCAGAUCAAACAGUUACCAAUUUCAACAACGCAGAGAAAAUCAGUAAACGUAAAAGGAGCAGCGAGAACGAUCGAUCGAUCGUGAGGAGAGCGAUAGAUAGUUGUUGUUUGAAGCAAACCUUGAUCGAUUCAUAUUCAUUCUGUCGUGUAUUGCAUGGCGGCGUGGAGGCGCAACUUCGCCGGAGCGAGCUACAAAUUCCUCCCUACGGAUCAUCGCCGCCUCACCACCGACUCGGCGAUUUCCGAGCUCGACGAGUCAGAGAUCUGGAAUUCCGCCGCUCGCUCGCAGUCGCCGGAGUUUCGGAAGCAGAGCUUUAAGAAAAAUCCAUCGCCGGCGACGGCGGACGCGAGGAGAGGAUCGAAUGCACCGGCUUCGACGCCAGUGAACGUGCCGGACUGGUCGAAGAUACUGAAGCACGAGUACAGAGAGAAUCGGCGGAAGGAGUGCGACGACGAUGUGUACAGCGACGGAAACGGUAACCGCACUCCGCCGCACGAGUUUUUGGCGAGGACUCGAAUCGCGUCAUUGUCUGUGCACGAAGGCAUCGGGCGGACUCUGAAAGGCAGAGAUCUGAGCACGAAGGAGAUAAAAGGAGGUGGUUGGGAUAUGGAACGCAGUGAAAUUGAGGAAAAGCUGUUGGCGUCGACACUAGAAAAUGGAGGCGAAGACGGCGAGGAGACGACAAGUCUCGCCAGCAAGGUAUGGUCGGAGUCGAAGAAGAUGUGGAUCGUCGCUGGACCUGCAAUUUUCACCCGAUUUUCAACCUUUGGAAUAAAUGUCAUCAGCCAAGCGUUCGUCGGCCACGUUGGUGCUACCGAGCUUGCAGCCUAUUCUCUCGUCGCGACUCUUCUCACCAGAUUCGCCAAUGGAUUAACGCUUGGGGUUGCCAGUGGAUUCGAAACCCUAUGCGGACAGGCGUACGGCGCCAAGCAAUACCAUAUGCUGGGGAUAUAUCUACAGAGAUCGUGGAUUGUUCUAACCAUUACUGCAACUCUAAUCGUACCUAUUUAUGUUUUCUCAACUCCUAUAUUGAAAUCAUUAGGGCAGGAUGAAAUUAUCAGUGAAGUUGCUGGAAAAAUUGCUCUGUGGUUUAUUCCAGUUGUGUAUUCAUUCAUGGUGUCGUAUAGCUGCCAAAUGUUCUUGCAAGCGCAGAGCAAGAACAGGAUCAUUUCAUACUUGGCAGCUGCGUCAUUAACAAUCCACAUGAUCCUCUCUUGGCUUUUGACUUUCAAGCUUGGGUAUGGACUAACAGGCGCUCUAAUUUCGACUAUUUUGGCAUACUGGAUUCCGAAUUUGGGACAGCUUUUGUUUGUUAUCUCUGGAGGAUGUCGAAAAACAUGGAAAGGCUUUUCGACAUUAGCAUUCGAAGAUCUUUUUCCGGCCAUCAAGCUGUCUUUGUCCUCUGGUGCAAUGCUCUGUCUUGAACUAUGGUACAAUGCUAUAUUGAUUCUUCUCACAGGAAACUUGAAAAAUGCAGAGGUCGAAAUCGAUGCCCUUUCGAUUUGCCUUAAUAUCAAUGGCUGGGAGAUGAUGAUAUCACUCGGAUUCUUGUCUGCGGCUAGUGUUCGUGUUGCGAAUGAACUUGGCAUGGGAGAUUCGAAAGCUGCAAAGUUCUCUGUUGUGAACAUUGUGCUUACUUCAUUUGCAAUUGGUUUUGUGCUGUUUGUGAUCUUCCUCUUCCUCCGCGAACGCGUAGCUUAUAUAUUCACCGAGGACAAAGCUGUAGCAGCAGAAGUUGCUCGAUUAUCGCCUCUUCUUGCAUUUUCCAUACUCCUGAACAGCGUUCAGCCCGUUCUGUCUGGUGUGGCUAUCGGAGCCGGUUGGCAGUCCACUGUUGUUUAUGUGAACCUCGCGUCGUAUUAUUUGCUAGGAAUACCUCUCGGCUUCGUACUUGGUUACACCAUUGGAUUGCAAGUCGAGGGAGUUUGGAUUGGAAUGCUUGUCGGAACGUUGGUCCAAACUAUCGCCUUACUCAUUAUAACCCGGAGAACCGAUUGGGAUAAACAGGCAGCCAUUGCUAAAAUAAGAGUGAACAAGUGGUUUGUUGAAGAUGAAUCUGCUGAAAUAGCAGAAAACACAAUAAUGUGAUGGAGAGAAUCCAAGAGGUCGCAACCUGCCAUUUCGAAAAUAUUUGAUUUGUUGCUAUUUGCGAGCUGCAAUGAGUGGUCGCAAAAUGCGAAGCUCGCGUUUGUAUUUUUACACUUGCUAAACACUUUAGUUCUAGUUUGUUAAUGUAAAUAAUCCGUAUUUA